CAGUGACGGUUGUUAGACUGUCGAAGGUAUUUAUUUCAAAUCUUGUUCACCCUCUUUACCUGACAGAAGCCAAUUCUUUCGACCCGAGGACCAAUCGGGUAGCCCCAGUUUGACAGAUGUUCCAAUUGUUCCGUGUUCCAGCGCAGAAGGAGGAGGAGCUUCUGGUAGUAAACACAAUCUUCCUUGUGUUACAGGAAAUAAUGGCGGGAAUAUGUUUUACAGCUGCCCUUCCGAUUGGUUUAAAAUGAUCUCACUCCGAUCCUGGAACCGCGUUCACUAACUCUACACCUUAACAUGUCUGGCCGUGGCAAAGGAGGCAAAGUCAAGGGAAAGUCAAAGACCCGUUCCAGCAGGGCCGGACUUCAAUUCCCCGUCGGUCGUAUCCACCGAAUGCUCCGCAAGGGAUCGUACGCUGAGCGCGUCGGUGCCGGUGCUCCCGUCUACUUGGCUGCCGUCAUGGAGUACUUGGCCGCUGAGGUCCUCGAGUUGGCCGGUAACGCCGCCCGUGACAACAAGAAGACCCGCAUCAUCCCUCGUCACUUGCAAUUGGCCAUCCGCAACGACGAAGAGUUAAACAAACUUCUCUCCGGUGUCACCAUCGCUCAGGGUGGUGUCUUGCCCAACAUCCAGGCCGUUCUCUUGCCCAAGAAGACCGACAAACCCGCCAAGGCUUAAACUUCUCCCGUCCUUAAAUAAACGGCCCUUUUCAGGGCCACCAAUUUAUUUUUGAAAAAAAGAAUUUGCUUAGUGCUACAUUUCGUACAUUUCAAUCUGGUUUUUGCAAUUAUUACUUGCGCAAAUUUUCUGAUUUAUCGCAAGGUGGCACUCUUGAAUUGUUUUAAUUCAACUUAAUUCGUCUGCUGGUAUUUUGUUUGUCCAACUGUGAGAGAAAAACAUUUCUCAUGAUAUUUCGAUGAAAUGGAUGUAUUUUACAUGUUAUUUUCGUAUAAAUUCAUUUGUAUCUUUUCUGUUCUUUUUAGUUAACUCUUCUCUUUUUUUCUGAUCCACCUUGUUCAAAUUCAUGCAACCUUGCCCACUCCCCCUCAAUUUCAGUCCAAAAUAUUCAAAAUGGUCGCCGCCUGGAUUGCUGGUGCUGAUGGAAUGGAAUUCUUAUCUCAGUGAUUUCGUAAUUGUUAUAUUUUUCUUGGAUUGUUCUAUGAUAGCACUAUUAGAGUAUCUGUCUGUCUGGUAUUUCAUUUUUACCAUAACACUUUGCGACCAACUUGAAAAAGAACUUGGAUGGCUGUAAAGUGUAAAGAAGAGUUUACUUCAUAUGUAUUUUUGGUCAAUA